AUUACUAUAAUAAUGUAGGUAUAGGUAUGUAGAAUGUACUAUGCACCUAUAUGUAAUAUGUAUCUUACCUUAGGCUAUACUGUAAUGCAUAAAUCGCGGUUCUCUCCUGGUCCUCGAUAUUACUUAAAUAAAAAGAAAAAAGGCUAUACUGCUAUAGGUACCUACAGUGGCGUGCUGAACAGCUAUUUUUUGAGAUAAUUGCCUCAGGGAAAAUACGGGUGGGUGGGUUACUAGGUGUGCAACUGGGCAUUAUUUUGAUCGUACAUUUUAAAUAUCAUAUAAAUGUAUACAAUUUGUUACAAAAAAAAUAGCGAAAAAACCUGAUGGUGGUAGGGUGGGUGGUCUAAUUGUAUAGUUUGCCUCAGGUCUGAAAAAUGUUCUGCACGCCACUGGGGGGUACCUACAUAAUAUGGCGUAAGAACUGCAAGCGAUCACUUGCAAUAUAUCUUCAGACCCCAAGAUUAGGCAUCGUUUGGCGUCUCCUGCACGCAGUAGGUAAGAUGAUUCCCGAGACCUACUUUAUGUAUUAGUUGAUUCCCGGGUCAUUUUUAGUUACGUACGAGUUGAUUCCCAGGUCAUUAUAUGUUACGGUAUACUGGUAAUUUCAUUACCCGAUACCAAUUUUUAAAAACAAUGUUACACAUUUUUACCGAAUUACAAACAGUUUUUAAUAACAAUUUUUUACCUAACAACUACAUUUUUUAAUAAUAAAUUUUUACCUACUAAAUUUUUUUACAAAUAAUUUUUUAACAAAAAAUUGAAUGAUUUUCAAAUUAUGAAAAAACUAAAAAGAACAACAUCUUUGAGAAACUUGUCUGCCAACCUCCUCAUGGUGUUUCUUGGGUUAGGCUAGGCUAAUAGGCUGAAUAUUUGACUACAUAUUGAAAAUAAUAUUUAAUGACCAGGGAAUCAACUCAACGGUAUCAGUGCAGGUAAACAGGUACCCGGGAAUCAACUCGUACGCAGCCCUCUUGCAGCUCCCGGAUUCUUACGCUGGAUUUCUACGAAUCAUCGCCUCACAUACAAAUGUAUUGCUCAAAACCAACCGUAACCCCACAAAAUGCUAAUGGCCAUAGUUUCCGGUGUUCCAAAAAUUAAUGAUAAUAAUAAUAAUAUCUUCCCAGUUCCACAAUUACACACAACAAUACAGCACGUUUUGUUUCAUAUUAAAUACUUAUACUAAAUCCUAAAGUAAGCCAGUCAAAUAUACGUAAACAUAUUAAUUACCUAUUCAAUAAUGAUAGUUAUAAAUACAAAAAUUUGUUUUCCAAAUUACCCACCCGCCAAAAAUUGUUUAGGAAAAUUGCCCCAAAAAAAUAUGUUCGUGAGUCGCGACAUAAUCCACAGCACAUCGCGGAAUUUAAAUGGACAGAUCAGCUGGAUAUAACCAUAAUUACACACUUUUUAUUUAAGAUUUUCAUUUCUUCGUACAAUCUAGAUUCUUUUUUUUUUUUUUUUGAUAUUGAGGACCGGAGAAGGAACCAUGUUGCCAGUACUUCUCCUGACAAUCUAGAAUCUAGAUGUCAAUUAGUUUUGUGACAAAGAGACUCAUAAAAUCUUACGUAGGUACCAUAUGCGCAAAUAGAAGGGAUUUAUGGGCCAAGCCUCCACCAAUAAUUUUAACUGCACUCCCAAACAUUUUCUAAUUUUUUUUUAAGCUUAUUCAUUAUAAUAAUAGUAGGGCUUAGGCUUCAGCUUCCCUAAACCUCAAACGCUAUUUGAGCCUAUGCUACCUACCCAGGGGUAUUUAAAAAAAUAUAUUUUUGAAUGUUAUCCAACAUGAGAUUUUUCCCGACAAUUUUACGUAGGUACAUAAAAAUAAAAAAUACGAAAUAUGCACAAAUAUGCUAGACAUUUCAAAUUCUAACUUUAUUUAUAACUUAAUUCAUAAUUUAUUUAUUUCGCCAUUUCAUUAUACAAGCUUAUAACUUACCUAGAAUAAUCUACGACCACUACAAAAAACAUGCAAGUACAAUAGAAGUCCUGAACCCUGCCCAUAACGUCAUAUAGAUUACGAAAUUGUACAUUAAUUAUAUAUUGAUACAAACAUAGUUAAGUUAUUCGCAGGGUUAGGUUAGGUAUAUGAUAUAUAUAUAUUAUAAUGUUGUACUAAUGUACUCACCUAUUUUUUGUUUUUUUUUCAGUACCUAUCAUAAUGGAAAAUCCUAAAACAGUGUCAUGUCCAUGGGACCUAAAUACCUAUUUUGGGCGAUGGCUGUAUUAUUCUUGGAUUACUAAUCCAAAAUUGAACUUCAUCAGCUCUGGAACCAUUGAAAAUGCCAAAUUAUUACACCUUUCUUAUUUAAAUGGAUCAAUUUCAAAUGAUGAUAUCACAGAAACAAAACUGUUAUAUGCACAUCAAAUCUACGAAAGUGUAAUUCACCCCGACACUAAUGAACUUCAAAAUCGUUUUGGACGAUUAUCAUUUAUACCAAUUGGAAAAUCAUUAUUAGUUGCUGUUCUACUAUCUCAACUGACAAAGAAUUAUUCCAGUUAUGCUUGGCAUGGUCUCAAUCAAUCAUACGAUUCAUUAGUAAAUUUUACUAACCGUAACGGUGAUACCAAAUUCAUUCCAACUAAUCAAUUUAGAUUCGGAAUAUCCAUUUUGGCUGCCACAGCUACAUCGACUUUGGCUGCAUUUCAUAUUGAAAGAUUUCUCCUUAGCAAGAUAUGUCAUCCAAUACUUUAUCGGUUUGUCCCAUUGAUAACAUUUGCGAGUGCCAGUUUUAUUAAUGUACCAAUAAUGAGACACAAUGAAAUCAUAGAUGGUGUAAGAAUAUAUGACUGUAAUAAAGAAAAAGUUGGAUAUUCAAGAUUUGCUGGAUUAAAAGGCAUAGGAGAAACCAUAGUUACUAGAAUUAUAAUGCUCGCUCCGGGAGUAGUUUUAAUUCAAUAUUUGGAAGACGUGUUGGAUAACAAAAGCUGCUGGUUUAGAAAAAAUAAAUGGGCACAUUUUUGCUUUUAAUUCAAUUGGAUUUGGAAUUAUACUCAUUGGUAUGCUCCCAACAGCAUGUGCUGUAUUUCCACAAUUUAGUUCUGUUAAAUUGAGUACAUUAAAGCAAUUUGAUAAAGAAGCUUAUAGUCAAGUCACUGAAAAAUCUGCUGAACUUUCAGAUACAUUAUACUUCAAUAAAGGACUUUAAAAAAUAUUAUCAACUAAUAAUUACAAUUUAUAUUUUACAUUUUAAUAAACUUUUUAAUAUUAUUAACUAGUGUACAUUUACUACUUAUUUAGUAAUAAAAUUAGUCUAAUAGUUAUUAGGGCCCGGAUGUUAAUGCCCUGGAAAAAUAUGAAUUUAUGACAUAAAAAAUGCAAAAAAUAGUAUAUUAUGUUAAUCACCUCAAUACUUUAAUAAAGUAAAAAAUAAUUUUUUCAAUUUAAAAUUAAAAAAUCACAUUCUUACAAUUUGUAAACAUAUGUGAUUUGAAUUUCAAAACGAGUUUUUAUCUAGAAAAUAAUUCCAAAUUUUGUUUUUAGUAUUUUUUGUAAUACUUCGGUGUUACAAUCAAUCGUUAAAAAAAAUGUAAGAAGUUCUUAAAACCUUAAAAAUUACAUUUAUCAAAUAAUUGCAAAAUUAAAAUUAGUUUUAUGGAUGUGUAUGUUAUUGAAACAUAUUUUAAGCUAAGAAAGCAUCGUCGUCUAUGGAGUAUAAUGUUCCAAAAAACAUGCAAAAAUCAUCAACAUCUAUGGGGCCCUAACAGUAAUGUACCAAUAUUAGGUUGUUAUUAGUCACUUAUUAGUAAUUACAUUUUAACUUUUUUUUUUUUUUUUUUUCAGGUUUAACCGACGGCGCCGUGGGAAUUGCUUUCGCAUUACUUCCGCGACGCCGCCAUAAUUACAUUUUACCUAAACCUAUGCAGUAGCAUGGUGAACUUAAAAGUGUUCAGAGGCCUAUAGUUAAUUUAGAAUACUAAAUUAUCACCUAUAUGCCAUUAUCCAUCCAUCGACCAUUACCCAUUGAAAAACACGGAGACAGCAGCCUCUCAAUUACAGCUUUUGCUACACCACUAGCCUAUAAUUAAAUAAUGAUUUAAAGAUUCCAAGCAAGCAUUUUUGGUUAAUUUAAUGUUUUUUAGCGGCUAAUUAAUAAAGUUCAUGUAAUAAUCUUUUAGUCUCACUUGCUGAUUUUCAAGGCUUUAGUGCUCAAUAAAUAUACUUUCUUCAUACUUAAGUUUACCAUUAAUCAACCAAUAAAUAAGUAUCUGGACAUUUAGAUACUUGAGAUGAUUAUAGUUUAUCACUUGAUCCAGUAUUCA